GAACAGCAUAGUCGUGUUAUAAUAAGGCUUGCUAAUCUUGACCAAGGACCCCAUCACAUUCUCCCAAAGAAAGAAGAAGUUGAUUAUCAGUUGAUGGAGUAGCGAGUGUAAAAAAUGGCAGAUGAGGAAGUAGUUCUGCUGGCUGCCAAGUUUACUCGUUUUGGAGAAAGGGUGAAGUUAGCCCUGGCAGAGAAGCGAAUAAAGUAUGAGUUAUAGGAAGAAGACUUGAACAACAGAAGCCCUCUUCUUCUUGAGAUGAACCCUGUUCAUAAGCAAAUCCCUGUCUUGAUCCAUAAUGGAAAACCCAUAUGCGAAUCCAUGAUCAUUAUCAAAUAUAUUGAUGAGGUCUGGAAUGAGAGAGCUCCUCUAUUGCCAUCUGAUCCUUAUCAACGAGCUCAUGCCAGGUUCUGGGCUGACUAUAUUGACAAGAAGAUUUACCCCAAUGGAAGGAUGCUGUGGACAUCUGAAGGAGAAGUGAAAGAAACAUACACGAAGAACCUGAUUCAAAGCUUUCAAACAUUGGAAAAGGAGCUUGGAAACAAGCCAUUUUUUGCAGGGGAGAGCUUUGGUUACGUAGAUAUGGCACUCAUCCCUUUCUAUAGCAUGUUUUAUACGUACGAGAGUCAGGGAAACUUUAGUGUGACAGUGGAUUGCCCUCGGAUUGUGGAGUGGGCUGGGAGAUGCUUGGAAAAGGAGACUGUGUCCAAGUCUAUAUCUGACCCGCAAAAACUUCAUGAAGCUAUCAUGGAAAUGAUAAAGAAGUAAAGAGCUGAACAGGAGGUUCAUAUAAUAUUACGAACAAAAAGCUUGAUGAUGCUUCUGAUGCAUUUUGUUGUUUUGGCAUUGAAAUUUGUUUUCCAGUUGCCUAAGUGCGAACAUUCCAUAUCUAGCCUGGUUCUGUUUUCUCUUCCAUAAGAAACAGGACGGAAGGGGCUUGGAACUUGGCCAAUUCUUUCAGUAUUCUUCAGGUUUUGGCCAAAAUUCUGUUACACAAUGAAUUUGAUGGAUUGAAGUCUGAAUUGUCCAAAUAGUAAAGCCUAACAGGCCUGUAAAACAGGCUCAUUUCUUAAGCUGCUAUGGGCCCAAAAAAUUAGAAGCAGGCUCAGGCUCAGGGCCAAAAGGCCAAAAAUCCUUUCAUUCCUUUUCUUCGGUGUUGUUCUCUAGCAAGUUUCAACUUUCAACUUUUUGCCAGACUA